AUGGAAGAAGUUACAGAUAAUGAUGAAAUUGGUUCUCUGAAGAAACAGAUCGCAGCAAACAAUCUUUCUGGUUCAUUGACUUUCCUUGAAAAGGCUUUACAAGGAUUUUCGACCAGAUACAGCAAUUAUACAAAAGUUUAUCGUUCAUUAAAUGAAUUAUUAUCAUUCUUCAAUAUUGACAACGCAAAUUUAGAGCUGGGAAGAGGUAUCACUCAAGUUCUGCAGGUAUAUCUUCAAACUUCUAUUAAAUUUUGCAGAAAAAUUGAUAAAUACAUACCAUCAAUAUCAGAUGAAUUUCUGAUGAACUCGCCUGAAUCUAUUAUUCGUGAAAUGCGUCAGAGAUUUGUUGCUGUUUCAGAAGAAAUUUCAGAAUCUACUGCCAAUAUUACUAAUAAAAGCGCAGAAAUGUUUGCAUCUUAUGUGUACAUUCAUGCUCACCAUAGUGCUACUAACAAAUCAAAAUUAAAUACUGCUGCAUUUCCAGAUAUUAAUGAUAUCCAGUAUGAUGUAUCUCAAAUUCAUGAAGAAAUGAAACAUAUUAAAAGUAUUAUGUGCUACUGCUAUAGAUUAGUUCUUAUUGGUCAAGAUAAAACCCAAGAUAUGGAUAAUGAAGCUUUUAAUUUAAUUAGCAGCUCUCUUUCGAGAGUUAAAGCUGACCUCGAGAAUGCCGAAAAGACAUUUGUAAGGCAUGUUACUUCGCUUCAUCACCUUGAUAUGUUAUUAAACGGUACUUUGGAAGGAAGGAUUAGAACUGGGCUUUCCAACCUCCAAAACGCAGGCAAUGCUCAACAAAAUGAUGCUGAUCAGCAAUCAAACGAAAAUUAA